CUAUGUGGCCUGGGCCUUCUGAGAGUGGAACUCAAAAGGGUCAGGGCUUCAAUAAGCAAAGUUAACGAAAGUGAGUAACUGGGAAAAUGAGAUCAAGCCUUUUUUGUUUUUGUCUUUUUUGUAAUCCUGGAUGAGGUGGUGGCCAAAGCAGCCCCAGCAGAGCUAAUGGCAUCUAAGAGGUCACUGCAGAUUUUCCAGCCUCAAUGAUUCCUUGUGUAGAAUCACACCAACAGGACUGUGACCCUUUCUGCCACAUCCUGACUCCCUUCCAUGGUAACAAGCCCUUUCCUCAAAGGGUGCUCCAAUGGCCGAGGAAAAGCUGAUGCCCAGGUAUAACUGCAAUGUCAGUGAAGUUACCAUUGUGAACCUGCAGCCCAACAAGAAUCCUACACUUAUCCUGCCAAAAGAGAAGCCAGGAAGUGAACACAAAAACCCUGGUAUACAUCCUCCUUCACCCAGGAUGUCAGAGAAGAAGACAGCCCAGGGAGAUAAAAAAUUGUGGCCAGAAAAGGGAAAGAGAGAGGGGUCUUUGUCUCCCAGCCUGCACCGUGCAAAUGAAUCAUAUAGCACAGAGAAUGUUACCCUGAAGAGGCCAGUGAAGUUGGCUCCUCUGGAGAUCCCUGUGGAAGUGAAAGAAGCCCAGCUCCAAAAGAUUAUGAGCAUCCAGAGAGAAGCUCAAAUGGCUGCUCAGAAGCUGACUUCUAUUAGCUCCAUUAGCAAUGAACCCCAUGUAAAAAGGGUGAAGAAUCUGGCCCAGGGGGAGCUGGAAAACCUUCAUAAGAUAAAGCUGAGUGAGAAGGCUGCUAUGGAAAAUAAAGAUGAUCCCCCUAAGAGCGGCAAGCCCCUGGGAGAAAUUCAAGUUAUUUUGCCUCAAGAGACAGGCUCAAAAUUGACUAAGCAACCAGGUUUUGAAGAUGCUCCCAGGACACUUCAUAAGCCAUCAAUUCCCGUUCUCCAGGUGGAUGUACAUGAAGACUCUAACAACCCUGACAGUACCCCUGAUCCUUGCCAGAACAACUGUCGACGCCGAUUCAGAGUAAGGCACGUGAAAGAGCAGCAGGAAGACCAGGGGAAAGCCAAACCCUUAAAGGUUUUGGAUUCAAGUGUGGGAGAAGGGAAGAAGAAAUCUGCAGUUCAGCGAACACAAAAAACCCUCAGUGAUGCAAGCAAGCUAAUUGAGAAUGUGGCCAAAAAGCAGAAAGAAAGAGGAGCACAGCAAGAGGAAGCAGACGAAGCUUCUUUUGAAAAGAGGCAGUCUACUCGAAGGAUGGCCUUAGGAGACAUCAUCCAGGUGGAUGAAGACUGAAUAUCAUGCGCCAGGUCAUGCACAGGAGAUUUAGAUACAACAGAUAUUCAACAAAGUGCUCUAGACUGACUUUCUAGAUAGAAUUCUUCAGAAGAAUAUCUACAGACAUUAGUGGAGCACAGUGUGAAAAGAAGUUGAAAUUGUUGAAUGUUUCCAUAUUCUGAGAUGCACAGAAGUAGUAAAUAUCCUCCUACUCUGUUCAGUAUUAGAAAUGUUCCAGCUAAAGUCCUGAGUUCAGCGUGGACUGCAAAUCAGCUGUCAACUAUGCAGGGAAAAUCCAGUUGUGGAUUGAGUGGAAGUGCCCAGAGAAAAGCAGGAUCUUAGAAAUUAUUCUGUCUGGUAUAAGACUGAAAGAAAUAGCACUAUUUUCUCUGUUUUCUGUAUUUUCCUUGUCCUCCUGUGUUGUGGCAAGUUUGUUGAAGACAAGAAGGAAAGACUGAAAAUGUUCUUCCUAUCCAUUGUGGGCAGGACAAAAAAGUAAUUUGAUUAAAGUUUAGAAAAAGACAUAUGAGUUAGAAAAGGAGAAAUAAUUUAAAGACAAUAAACAGUGAACUAUGCUGUUUACAGAGAUAGGAAUCUUUGUCUUUGCAAAUUUAAAUAAUACAUUAGACAAACAUUUCAGAAGAGCUAAUCCUUCACUCAUAUACAAGGAGGGGUAGAUGAUCUGUAAUGUCAUUCCACCUGUCCACCUUUUCUUACAUAGUUUCUUAUAUUUUACAGUGCGUCUCUCAGUUAUGCUGUUAGAGGACUACUAUUCAUGUAAUCAUUAUCUAGUACAAAAAUACGCAAUAAAAGUAAUUUUUCACUUUGUA